GAACGUCAUCUGCCUUCAUACGUUUAGCUUUAGCUCGAAUUAGCUCGGCGGUCGCGAACCGAGUUGUGUCCCCGGCGUUGGCGGUGUGUGUCGACGGUGUGCUGCCGGGUUGCGGGACCGAGCGAGCCAUGUUGGUGGAAGCUUCCCUCCGGAGCAGAGACCUGCUGAAGGGAGAACCCACCGUGUGAGAUGCUGGCUAGCGGGGAUCGGAGCUAGCUAGUAGGGGCCCGAGAAGCGAAAGUGGCUAACAGGCUAAUGAGUGCUAAGCCCAUCACAACAAGCCCGGGCACUUAAAACACACCCGAGCCCUUGAGCCCCGAGGAGCAGCAGCAGGAGCAGCAGCCACCGGUGGAGGAGGAACUCCCAUUUUUGUUUUUAAAUACAAAAGUAGCAGUGGGUCACUCGAGGUCAGAGCCAUGGGUGCGUUCCUGGACAAACCCAAGACAGAGAAGCACAACUUGCAUGGUGAGGGCAACGGCCUACGCUAUGGCCUGAGCUCCAUGCAGGGUUGGCGGGUGGAGAUGGAAGACGCUCAUACAGCUGUGGUGGGACUUCCUACUAUGGGUAUGAGUGACUGGUCGUUUUUUGCCGUGUACGAUGGUCAUGCUGGCUCCAGGGUUGCCAACUAUUGCUCCAAGCAUCUCCUGGAACACAUUUUGAGUUCCAGCUCAGGGGCCAGGGGGACACAGGGCUCCCCGGCUAGUUCAGACAGUUCCAGCGGUGACGCUCCAUCACCAGUUCCUCCUACAGUGGAUGCUGUAAAAGUCGGGAUCCGGACAGGGUUUCUGAGGAUUGACGAGCACAUGCGCAGCUUCUCAGACCUUCGCAACGGCAUGGACCGUAGUGGCUCCACAGCAGUGGGAGUCCUCCUGUCACCUGAGCAUUUUUUCUUCAUCAACUGUGGUGAUUCUCGAGCUGUUCUCUACCGCAAUUCCCAGGUGUGCUUCUCCACACUUGACCACAAGCCUUGCAACCCACGGGAGAGGGAGCGCAUCCAGAAUGCUGGCGGCUCCGUGAUGAUUCAGAGGGUUAAUGGGUCGCUGGCUGUCUCGAGAGCUUUGGGGGACUACGAUUACAAGUGUGUGGAUGGGAAGGGCCCCACAGAGCAGCUGGUCAGCCCCGAACCAGAGGUGUACGAGAUGAUUCGGACCACAGAGCAGGAUCAGUUUGUGGUCCUGGCGUGCGAUGGCAUCUGGGAUGUCAUGACCAACGAAGAGCUGUGCGACUUUGUGAAAUCCAGGCUCGAGGUAUCCGAUGACCUGGAAAGAGUCUGCAAUGAAGUGGUGGAUACCUGCCUGCACAAGGGGAGUCGGGAUAACAUGAGUGUUGUGUUAGUGUGUUUUCCCAACGCUCCCAAAGUGUCGGAGGAAGCUGUGAGGAAAGACGCUGAGCUCAACAAAUAUCUGGAGUCAAGAGUGGAAGAGAUGUUGUCUCGGCCGGCGGAGGAUGGGUUUCCAGACCUGGUAACAGUGAUGAGGAACUUGUCCACUGACAGCGGCAUGCCCCCUCUUCCAGCAGGGGGAGGCCUUGCCAGCAAACGCAGUGUUAUUGAAGCAGUAUACAACCGUCUGAACCCAUACAGGGAGGAAGAUGGGAGCGGCGCUGACUUGGAGUGUCACUGGUAGCUGUCCAGCACAACUGCCUGAUCAACAAAACAGGACCACUUUUCCACACGCGAUCACAUCCAUUGUCACCUUUUUAAUUUCCUCUGGGAUUUUUUAAUUUAUUGUUUCCCCCCUCCACACUGAGAUCAAGCGACGCCGUAAUCCGGGUUUUAGAAACGUACACAACACCCCCCACCCCCCCGACGUGGAGGACUGCAAAAACAGAUUUGGUUCUUUUCAUAGAACAAAAUGUUGAAAAAACGAGAACAACUGCAUCAAUCGCCUGAAAAGAGAACGGUGUAUACGGUAUAUACAUCACAGGAGAAGCAAACAAGCACAGUUUCUCUUGCCCCUCGUCUGCUUGCUUUUUUUUUGUAGUGUUUUUUUUUGUUGUGGAUUGCCGGAGACACAGGAGCAGCCCUGCUCUGAACGCUUUGGGGCUCCAUGGUGCCUUGCUCAGAACCGAGAGAGAGGGAGGACUUCACAACAGCCAGCCAUGACCAAACCUGCCGCUCAUGGACGUUUUCCACAUUCUGAUUGGCAGCGUUUCUUUUUUUUGUUGUUGGCAUUAUUUGUUUUGAAGUGUGAACUCUACUUGCACCUGACUGGUAGCCAAUCGACCACACAAGCCUGUGAGUCCCACACCCAUAGUUCAGGCAAGUUUGGUUUGUGGACAUUUACUAGUACUCGACCAGGGCCCAACACUUCACCUGCCCCGGCACACGGCUUGCUGGAGAACACCUCACAGAACUCGGAGGUUUAAAAAGUCUCCAAGUCCACACUAUCCAAAGACCUCUGGUGUAGAAGCCUCAAAUUCAGCGGCCAAGAGGUUUGUCUCCUGACGGGAACGGAGAGAAAUCUGUGAGGCAACUUAUCUCAGUUUUCAUCCUUCCAUGCUGUCCAAGCUAAAACAGGACACAGGUGUGCUGGUGUGCCAGGCUACACAUAGGAAGUUCAUAGAAGUACAGUAAAAGUAACUCAAAUUUGAUGAUUUUUCUUGCACGUCCCUUCUCACUCUCUCUCCUCUUCGUCACUUAAAGGAUGCUAUCUAACACUUUUUGUUUAGUUUCUUUCACUUUUCCCUCCGUCUCUCUUCUCACGUUUCUGUUUUUUCUUCAUAUUGUCCGAAGACACUCGGCUGUCACUUGCAUCGGCUGACAAGGUCGGAAUCAUAAGCUUUUGAGCCUGCUGUUGUUUAAGAGAAAGAUGGAAAUUAUAUAUUAAAUUCAUAUAUAUAUAUAUAUACAUAUAGAUAUAUAUUUUUAUUUGUUUGUUUUCGUUUUAAUUCCCAGCCAUGGUAUUCGUUGUGGCCUUGUGUGUGUGUCUGUAUGUGUAGCUGUUUUCAGACAUGCACUGGACUCCGCAAACAUCCGAGUGAGACGCUCCGCCGAUUCGGCAAACUUUAACCACCUGGUCUCCCAGUAUCAUGUCCGUAGAAAACCAGUAGAAGUCGAUGCAGGAGUUCCCCAGUGGAUUCAUCGCGAGCAAGUGGGGGGUUAAUAACGCUAAUAACACACAACAGAAAAAUUAAAAAUUUGUGGUGACCUCGGCAGUGGAGUGAGUCUCUGCUGCACCCGGCUGCUCCACCUCUCGGAGAACCUCCUGCUGCGGCUGAACUGCGUAGCCAAUUCUCCAGAUUUGUAUCCGUAGGUCAUGUCUGAAAACAGCCUGUGUGUGUCUGAUUGUGAGAAUGAGACCCAUGUGUGAGCGUAUGUGCACAUUUCUUUGUGUGUGAGUAGACAAAUGAAAACAUAGAGUCCAAGUUGCACACACAGAGUUCCCACGCAGCAGUGUUCCAAAGACAGGGUCCGGGGUAAAGGGAUUCCAGCCUCACCCUUUUCUUCCCCCUCUCUCAACAUCCUGUAUCUACAUAGAGUUCUGCUUGUGCUACAACUUGUCUUUUCCAUCUCUCCUGUGUUUUAAAAAAAAUUGCCUUUUUUGUUUUGAUUGGAAAAAAACUCCAAGGAUCUUUUUUUUGUAAUGUUUUUUUUUGGUGUGUAUAUAUAGUUUUUCAAAGUACUGUGGCUGUGGUCCUACUACAGAUGCAUAAGGAAACGCCAAGGGGGGGGGCUUAAAGUCUAACUUGUGCACGCGAGAAGAAGGUUUCUGGUGUUUCACUGUAUGAAGUAAACGAGAGAGACUCUAGGACAGAACGGGCCGUACACCCGUAGCUGUGAUCGCACUAUCAAUGAAAACGCUCUCCAUUUUUCUCCACUGUUUCCUUCAUAGACGUCGCCUCAAAGGCACAUGAUGGUUGCUGGAAAAAAAUCCCUGGUUUGACUCUUUGGAUUGACCAGCAGUCCGUUUCAUUUCUGUCGAUCUAAGCACUAAAAGAAAAGAAAUCACUGAAACCUCAGAAAUAUUGUCAGAAAUUAACCUUUUCUUUUCAGUAUUUUGUGGAAACAAAUGUGUUGCAGAGACAACACGGACACACUCUGAGUGUGUAUUCUUGCCUGUAGGUGAAUUUAAAAUAGGAUUAUAAGUAUACACACAAUUGUAAUAUACACUUUUUGUUCCUCAAUCAUUCAAUGGCAAAUUCAUUGUGCUUUUUGAAGUGGCAGUAUUGAAAGAGAAUAGGCCGUACAGAGUUUGCUGGGUGGUUAAUGUUCUUGUGGUACACUUGCUCUCGGUGCCAUACGACAAAUAGGUACUUGAAUGUGUUGUUCAUUUUGCAGUUGCGCUGUUUUAAUGGGAUGAUUGAUUUUUUUUCUUUGUUUGUGGUGGAGGGAGUGGGAGGGGUGGGAUCUCUUUAGUUGUGCAUGUUUUGUGAUUGAGGGGAGGAGUGUAUUUUGUGUUUUAGUGGGCGGGUGGGGACAAUGCAGGGAUGUUCAGUGUGGUGGAGCACAAUGUUGGAGAGGAAAGGUGACGGUGAAAGUACAAGCUGGAGGAAAAUGGAACCAAAAGCAGCAGAUUUCUCUAUUGAAUUAGACUGAAACCAGCCGACCAAUUAAAAACUGUUCAUAUUUCAAUGCAGCUAAUUUUACCACUGAGUGUUAGGGCCACUCACAGGGAAAAAAAUACAUAUUUAAAGAACAAAGACCAAAAUUACAAGAAUUUAAAGUUAUGUGUAGCUAAAUACCCCACUUUGAAAAGAUUGUGCAGGAAAUCUAGAUUAUUCUGACUUAAAUCACUAGUUCAUUUUCGUAAUAUUACGACUUCUUUCUCGCAAUAGAGACAAAACUCCUUAUAUUACAACCUAAUUAUGCAGUAUUCAAGUUUCUUCUCAAUUAUGACUUAAUUCUCAUAAUGUUAUGGCUCUAUCCUUGUAAUAUUACAAUUUAUUGCAAUAUUAUAACUUCAGUCCCGUUAUAAUAUGUCUUUCUUUUUCUCUAUUACAACCUAAUUCUCAAAUAAAUCGUCCCUUACACAUGGCCCUAACCGUCAUAAGAUUUAAUAUUGUCUUAACUAAAUUAAAUUCCCAGUCUAGACGCUUUAUUGCACAACCUGUAUUUCCUGACUUUAACAUUGUGUUAAGUUUCCACCACACUGAGCACAGCCCUCACUUUAGGUUUAUGUUUAAGCUGUAUCAGACACUGGGCGAGAGGAGAGGAGUGAAGGAGGGAGAAACAGUUUUAUUUUUUCUGAAUGUAAUUUUUCAUUAUUCACACUGAUCCCACUGCGUGGACUGAACUCAAGCAGCCUCGCAGCAUCAUGUUCUCUCCUCGUCAUCAGUUAAAGUCAGAACAAGGUCUCUUCUGUUCAAAAAGCAAACAAAAAGAGAGUAAACAAACAAAAAAACGACGUAAUAUUUUGUUCCACAAACACAACAAUGAUCAAGACUCAGACGGGAGAACUUCCCAGGGUUUUUUCAGAGGAGACUUUGGAGGUUUGGUGAAUGAUUUGCCUUGAUUCAGGAUAUUUAGAGGAAAGUUUUACGAAGCACAAGCUGGGUUGAUGUGAUGAGAGCCACGGAAGGGAGGAUUUCUAAUCUGCUACGAAACGCCAAAACAACAUAAGGUAGACGUGACAUCACAUGACAUUCCUCAGGUGGAUCUGUUUGGACGAAGAUGAACCUAUAGUCCUCCUCUUCACCUCCUUCUGUUGUCACUCGUUAUACUCGCACUGUCGCUCUGAUGGUUCCCACACUCGUUUUAUUUAUUCCAAUGCUUUCUAGCUCUAAUGAAUAUGCUGUAUUCUGGAGACAGAAUGAGAUAAGUGAUCAGCUGGCGUGUGAUUGAGAGCGAUGUAUGACCCACUCACCUUCACCCGGGGCAUUCACCAUCCCUUCUUCCUGUAUUAAUUUCCCAGUAUGCUAUUGUGAUGUUACAGACCAUACAGUAAACAUAAAUGUCAAUAAAGAUGGAUUUAACUUUAAA